AUGCGUUUUUAUUCCGCCUUUGCCGCCCUUUGUGGGUUCCAGGCUACAGUUGUUGUGGCGGAGAACACCACUUGGCCCUGGCAAACAUUCAAGUCCAGCCCUCACGAGCCCCCCAGUCUCGAAAUCUCGAAAUCAGGCCCUACCAGCCCGGGAUACCUCUUUUUCGAUCAAUCAUGGGACGCACAUCAGUACAGUGUGUUCAUCAUGUCAGAUAGCAACGAGCUUGUCUGGCAGAGCCCGCACGGUGAUCUGAAGGGUUUCCGGGUACAGAAGCUGGAUGGGAAGCCUGUUCUGACCUACUUCAACGGCCUUGGGGUCCCAGAGCCCUUUGGCUGGGGAUAUGGUAUUGUCCAAAUCUUGGAUGAGUCCUAUCAAAGUAUCUACAAUGUCUCUGUGACAAACGACAACUACAAGGCCUUGGGCAGCAUUGACAGUUCCUCUUUUGUGUCCUGGAUUGACAUGCACGAGAACACAAUAACGGCUGAUGGGACAAUGCUAGUCACCGGCUACAAUGUCACCCAGACUGAUCUCAGUUCUGUUGGAGGCCCGAAGAAUGGCUGGAUCGCUGACUCGCUCUUCUAUGAGAUCGAUGUCAAGACCAACGAGAUAAUUUUUCGCUGGAGUGCCUUGGAUCAUAUUGAUCAAAUUCCUUUGGAAAAUGUACAGCCAUUCUACCCUAUCCAGGACUGGGGACACAACAGCAGCUCUCCCUACGGCUACUUCCACAUCAACUCAGUGGACAAGUUUCAAGAUGGAACGUACAUCAUUUCUUCUCGUUACUACUGUUCGCUGUUCAAGAUCGCGAAGGAUGGAUCAAUUGACUGGACGCUUCAGGGUCAAACUGGCGGCGACUUUGCACUCAACGGAAUCAAGUUUAGCUACCAACACGACGCCCGAAUCCACGACGAGACCGAGGAUGCAUUCACCCUUAGCAUUUUUAACAAUGCCAACUCUGACGUCCACAACGGCACUGAUCACACUGAAGGAAUAUUGAUGAAUGUCGAUCUAGCCACUCGCGAGGUCUCCCUUGUCCAAACUCUUCACGAUCAACGCGAUGAAAUAUUUUCAGCUUCUCAAGGAAACACACAAUUGCUGCCUGGAACGCACGUCCUGAUGGGCUACGGAUCAAAUCCUAAGAUCAAGGAGUACAAUUUCAACGGGUCUUGUGUCAUGACUGCCCAGUUUGGAUUUGACAACGUCAUCUCAAGCUACAGAUCAUAUCGCUCUCCUUGGGUUGGCGUCCCCAAAACUCUCCCCGAUGUAUUCUCUUGCAUUGAGCAAGGCCGAAACAAGACCAAUGUUUAUAUGAGUUGGAAUGGAGCCACUGAGCAUAACCAGUGGAAGAUUUUUGGGGCCGCUACUCGUUCAGACCUGAUUCCAGUAGCAUCAAUACGGAAGACAGGAUUUGAGACCAUGGCGAGCGUCAAAGGAAGGCUUGGGUAUGUUCAAGUAGAAGCUCACGGCCUGGGGAUCCAGAAAGGUGUUUCCAAAAUUAUACCUGUAACCAGCGGGUGUUAG